GUAAUCUGUGCUCAACUUCAUGUUCAUCGAAAUUUGAAGUGUCAAUUUUCGAGCCCAUUACAAUGGCGAAGUUUUUGGGUUUGGACAAAUUAGGACUCUUAAUUAAAACAAUCCAGCACUAUGGAGGAAUUCGUGCUUCUCUGUACAAGCUGUACAGAAUGGAUGAAGUGAAGAUUGGAAAACUGGUGGGAACUGAUAAAUAUGGUAACAAGUAUUUCGAGAACCCAAGAUUCUUCUACAGCAGAAACAGAUGGGUGGAGUAUGCUCCUAAAUAUGGUAUGGAUUAUGACGGAAGUCAAGUACCAGCUGAAUGGUACGGUUGGUUACAUUACAAAACUGAUUUGCUGCCCAUGAACGAUCCAUCCAGGCCCAAAUACAAAUGGAUGGCUGAUCACACAGAAAACCGAUCUGGCUUCCCAGAACAGUAUACUCCCUACAGUACUACUACACCCAAAAUCGAAGCUUGGAAACCGACUAAGCAAUAAAUACUAUUAACUAGUUUAUGUAAAUAGCAAAAAAUAAAUCAUUAACAGAU